GCGAAUCAGACAAGCCCAUGCCGAGACUUGUUUACGGUUCGCAUGAAAUGGUUAUUCAACCCAGGACAAGUGCGCCAAAGAGUCACGCAAGCUCCAGGAAGUAGUGUUUGUUUUUGUCUUCGUUUGUUGCCGUGUUGAUGCUGCAGCAGCGGAUCACAAGCAUUUCCCCUCUGUGUUUGUACUGCAGCGUGCAGAUAAAAGGCAGCAUACCCGCACUUCGUGCCUAUUUAAUUCAUCUUGACUAGCGGCGCUUUCGCGAUCGACAACAAGCACACCCUCCACUUGUGAGACUACCAACCGUAUAAAGCUCGAUAUGCCAGAUCUCAACAGUGUUCCCUCAACCACUCGCGCGAUCAACGAACCUCGUCAACCGUCCUCGCAAGCAAUGCCUCCUCCGCCGGCGACACGGUCUCCCUCCCUCAAUAUUCUUCCCUCGAACCAAACAGCCCACACAUCUGCUACGACAUCGUCCUCCGCCCUUGCCUCACCACAGCUUCCACCAGCUGCAGUCGCGUCCAAUUUGAGCUCGGAAAAUGCCGGGGCUGGGUCUGGUCCGGGACCGAUACGGCACCCUCGUCCACUGACUGCUGCCGAGUUGCACCUACAGCUAGAGAAGGAACAGGAGGCUGUGGUCAAUCGUCUCACCCGCGAGCUGUCGAUUCUUCGGGCAGCACAGAAUGCCUCAGUUGUGUCCAACACGUCGUCAACCUCGGCCAGCGUUAGCGGCGCUGAGGGAACCCCUGCCACAGACUUGAUCUCCGGUUCCGGAUUCUCGAUCCCGUCGACGAGCGGACGUCGGCACCACCGUACAUCUUCCAGCCACAGUGCACGCAGCCAGGCCAUGAUGGGAACUUCGUUUGGGGCCGGUUCGAUGGUUGGAGGUGGGCCCUUGCCAGCUCCAGCAGGUCGACCUUCUGCCACGAGUUUGAGCAGACAAAACAGCACCGCUUCUCGACGGAGCCGGGCUAGUUCACCAAUACCACCAGUCCAUCACUCGAACCCGAUUGACAUUGCGCCCGGUGGCGGAUAUUUCCACAGGGGCCAGCCCCCUAUGGCAUCAAGCUAUGAGCUUUCCCCUGGCUUGAUGCAGGCUACACAUCGGUAUGAGGAGGUAGCGUACUACCGAUCAGAACUCGAGUCUGCCAAGCGAGAGAAUGAUAUCCUUCGCCGGCGCAUACAAGAGCUCGAGCGAGCCGUUAGGGAUCGUAGAACCAGUGAUGCCGGCCGAACGCGGUCGGCGAGCGUCUCGACAACCGCAAGUGUGGCAGCCAGCACCGGCGGCGGCACGACAGCGACAGGAACGGGUGUCAUGGGUGGUGGUGGCGUGGCUGUGGCAGGCCGCAGAGAAGGCGGUGGCCGGGACAGGGUCGUCAGCGUGGCCGGCAGUGUCGGUGUCGGUGUACCAGAAGACGAAGUUCGUGUGGGAGAGAGUGCAGCCAGCGCUGGAUUGGGAACUGCACAAUCCGGGGCUGCUGUGAAGAGAUCCACAACCUGAGGCGCCAAGAUCUUACUGGGAUGAAGGCGAAAAUAAGAUGGGGGAAUAUAACGGGGAUAUAGUACCUUGCGUGCUAUCCGAGUGCAUGCGCUCGGUAAAAGUUAUGGGUGACGACCAGCAAAUGUGACAUGUUUCUUUUUUUUUGUUUUUUUUUGUCCAAGAUCAUUUGUUGCGAAGCAGUUUUGUUCUUGUCCCAUUGUUCUGUUUUCAGUUUCCUCUGCUUUUUCUUGCGAUGCGGUUCCCGCGGAUCUAACGUAUUGCCUACGUACCUACCUCCAGCAGACAUUGAGACAAGAGAUUAGGAGUUUGUAGAUUUUGCUUUAUGGACCUUAUUGUUGAUAAUAUCGACUGUUCGAUCAGUUGACCUCAGCGCUGGAAACAAAAGAGUUUGAGUGAAUGAAGAUGGAAUGAAAUGAUAACAGAUAGUCCAAUAUGAUGAUAGGCCACAACCCAUAGCAAUCAUAUACCUAAAGCAGACAAUUUUAGCGGCAUGGCAAAACUAGAG